CCAGCGUAUUGACACCGUGCUGGCAGCCAUCAUGACAUCAUUCCUCUGUUUACCCCCAUUGACAGUUCAAUGAAAGGACCUUCAAUGUCUCUUAAAAAAUCACUGGCUCCCACCUGCAGUCGUAUCUCGUCGCGUGAUCUAGCUUCCUUCCCUCAACCUUCUUCGAUUUACUGAAAACUUUCUGCUGGUCAACCCACCCCUGUCAACAUGGCGCCCAGUACAAGAGAGGCUAAGGCGAAGGAGAAGGCUCCUGAUGCGGCACCUCCUGCCUCAGAGGCUGAGCCCGGCUCCAAACACAAGGCCGACCCUGAUUCGGAAGACGCUAGCGAAUCGCCCAAGGCCAAGCGGAACAAAACGGAGAUCGCGGAUGGCCAUUCGAAGAAGAAAGAAACUGGGGAGACCAAGAGUGCUGCCGGUGUCGAAGCCGAGAAGACCGAGUGUCACGGAGAGGAGAAGGAUGACCGAGACAAAAAGAGUGCUGUUGAGCCACACGGUCGAGACGCUCCCGAAGCUGUGCCGUCCAGUAUUCUCGAGAAGGGUAUCAUCUACUUUUUCUUCCGUGGCCGUGUCGGCAUUGAUGAGCCUUCUGCCGUAAAUGAGAUUGCGAGGAGCUACAUCAUCCUCCGCCCUAUCGAGAGGGAUGCCAAGCUUGGAAGCGGUCCUAUUGGUGAUGCUGGCAACAGCCGCUUGUGCGCCAUCCCGAAGAAGGUGCUCCCCCAGUCUGGCAAGGACAGGUGGAUCGCGUUCGUUGAGAAGACUAGCGCCUCGUUUCAGCAGCUUAAGGAUGAAUUUUUGGCGUCCAAUGACUAUGAGACCAAGACAGCGGGUACCAGACACUCCCCCGCCGCAACGCCUGUGGCCGAGGGCGUGUAUGCCAUCACCAGCACUGGAUCCAAUAGCCACCUCGCGUACAUUCUCACUGUGCCCGAGGAGCUCGGGGAGGUCCAGAAGGAGCUUGGGUUGAAACAGAAAGGCAGCUUCAUAAUCAGUACCAGAAAUCCACAGUAUCCUGCCCCAGCCAACGCGCGUUUACCAAAGGGUCCAGAGUAUCCUGAGGAGGUCCUCAAAGAGUUCCGGUCUCGUCGAUGGAUGCCCACACAGCCCAAGCACCUCGACGUAGUCAAUACUCAGUUCCUUCUCAUUGGCGAAUCGUCCGGCGUCGAAAAGGCUCUGGAGCCGCAAAAGGCCGAUGAGAAAGAAAACAAGGAAGAACCAGCCGAGGAGUUGGAGAAGCUUGAGGAGGAGGAUUUACAGAGGCUUAAGGGUCUAAGCGAUGAUGACUCUGGUCGGGUCUUUGCGGACUUGGAGGUCAACGCCAAUGACUAUCCCAAACUACAGACCACGUUCUGAGAUUCCAAGUGGAACAGCUUGUCGACGAGCUUUUGAGGCCUUCCACCCCGCUUGUGUCGGCAUACCGACGCCACAUCUGUCGAUGGGCUUUACCAACCUACACUACCCAGUAAGGAGAUCAGCCACUUGAACUAAUGCCUGCCCCUAUCCGUUUCCGCGCCAACCGAGGUGUGUAUCUGCCAACACCAACAAAAAAGCCCCUGGCUCGAUCCCCCUGUGGUCUGUAGUACAGCUUCCUAUGGUAGACGGGCGCCGACCUUCAUAUGCCUCUCACAAUACCUUGGAUGUUCUUUCAGCCUCCGAG